AUGGCACCAAAACGUAACAAGAAGUUUGCUCAGAAGAAACAAUCGGACGCUCCCAAUGCGCCUGCCACCCGCGACCCGACGGUGCCUGUCGCAGUACCGGCACCGACAACGUCCAAAGACCUAGCACCACCACAACCGCCACCACAACUCCUAGCCAAAAUCGAACCACAGGAAGAAUCCUGCGGAAGUCGAUGCCUCAAAUACCUCUACAACCGAGAGAAACAGACGUUUUGUGACAGAACUUGCAAAAGCUGGAUCUAUAUCGUUGCCUACUCCAUAAUGUACCUUAUAUUCCUGACAACCUACAUGCUGGUAUUCCUAUACGCCACCCUCAUGAUUCUAAAACACACUGACUUCAAGAACGUGGACAAAAUUAAUCUUCUGACUUACUCUGAAUAUGGGAUUGGAUUGACUGCUACUCCCACUUCAGAGAGCAGUUAUCCCUUGAUAUGGUACAGAAGUCACGAAAGUGGAGACUAUGAGAAGUACGUUAAGUCGAUAGAUAAGUUAUUUUUAAGUAGAAAAACGAGGGACGUGCAGUCAAGUUUAGGUCAAUGCGGUCAAUCGCCCUACGGGUAUGGCAGUGCACCGUGUGUUAUAGUAAGAAUUAAUAAACAAUUGAAAUGGACUGGGAAGGCUUUGAAUCCCAACUCAACUCUAGCUGCAAAUGCUCCGAAAGAAGUUCAGGAUUGGCUGAAAUCCGAAAAGCGGAUGAUGUGGUUGCAUUGUAGAGGUUAUCACCCGUACGAUAGAGAGCACAUUGGCAGUAUACGUUACUUCCCGUAUCCUCCAGGGUUUGAUCCAGCUUUAUUUCCCCUGGAUGUCCGGAAUGAUCCUCCACUGGUUGCUGUGCAGAUAUUGAAUGUAGAACAUGGGGUCUCCUUGGCCGUAGAAUGCAAGCUUUGGCAUGAACACGGCCCAUCGUCUGUGGAGUUUGUCUUAUACGUUGAACAAGAGCAGAACAAAACACAUUUGAGAAGUAGUGAUAUUAGAAAAUAG